UCGCCUCCGCAGUCGGCUACUUGAUAUCCGAUUCUUGAUAUCUCCUCUCGACCGUCGCUCAUACGCCCCGUUGGCCCGUUAACAAAAUACGAAAAAUCUACGAAAGUACGAAAAGUGCGCCAACUUUCGGCUGAACACAUUUGAAAAGUGCGGAAAGAUAGGCGUUGUCUGGCCUCUUUCGAGGCUUUUUGGACACUCUUCAAACGCUUGUUAAAAAUUUGCGUGCGAUUUCGGGAAGCCUCUCCGGCAGACUGAAGAUCCUGCUGACGCCACCCAAUGACCUUGAGUACUGCGAAAUGCAGGCCAACACAUAAAUUGUAAUUAAACAAGGGCAAAUAAAUUGAAAAAAAAGAGAAACAAAAACAGAGAAAACAAGUAGAAGUAUUCCAAAUAGCUGCAAAAGCAACAAAUAGCUAGUAAAACUUUUCUGGCCAGCGAGCCAAGGAGGAAAAAAGGAAAAACAAAAUAAAAAAGGAGCGCACAUUUUUAUUUAUUAGUUGGCUGAACUUUUAGCAAAAUGCCAGCGGGUCGAGUGGCUGGCAAAGCCGGCUACUCCAAUCACUACUAUAAUGGUCGCUCUUAUGUGGGCAUCAACGAGGAGAUCAUGUGGGUGAGCAUCGGCAUGGGCGUGACCAUAGUCCUCCUGAUCACGAUUGCCCUGUGCUACAUAGCCCGCGAGAAGUGCCAGAAGAGGCAGCGGGAGUACUACGUGACCGCAUAGUUGUUGUACGCUGCCUGCCAAACGACGGAGGAGCAGGGGAAUCCCCAUAAUCUAGUCAUUGCAAUGGAUGUGGAGCAACAGGGAGAUGAGAAAUCUGAAGGAGAUCCCGGGGAAAGACAAC